GGAGCGGCACAGAUUCCCACAGCGGGGCCCGUGUGCACGCUGGAUGGGGAGCUCGCCCUUAUUACGGCCAACGCGUCUCAGUGGUCGUCGGCGCAGACGCUGAUGGAGUGGAUGCGGCAUGACACGUCGGACGUGGGCUUGCCGCAGGUGUUGUGCGUGCAGGAGCACAGGAUCAAGAACCAAGGGUUGUGGUCCUCGGCUGUAAGGUGGUCUCGUCAGAGGGGCUACGAGCUUAUUGGUGACUUCGCGGAGGUCACUGGGGACGGACCGCUGGAGUCCAGUGGCGGAGUUGCUGUGUUGUCGAGCCUCCCGGCUGUGAAGGAGUCCAGCCCUGCUCGUCUUCAACUCCCUGGGCACCGUGUUGUUACGGCGAAAGUCAACAUUGGCCUUCCGAUUCCUUUGUAUGUCAUCUCGCUCUACCUGGUGACGUCUAUAGGUCUGGCUAAAGAUAACAUUGCCAUUCUGGCCUCGUUGCUCUCCUUCCUGGGCGGCCUGGACGGGCCGUGG